CGACGCGUCUGUUUCCACCGAGUCAACUCUGAUAGGAGUGUCUGACUAAUGAAGUUUUGAUUUAACUACUGAGAUACAUAAAAUUGCGUUGUGAUAUAGUGACGGUCUAUUUUUACUACAUAUCUGAGCGUUUUAGUCGAUGUUACCUCAGUCAGUUGUGUUGUUUUGACGGGAACUGAAGGGGUUUUGCUACUGUUUUGUCCCGACCACCGUGUCCUCUUACCAGACCUGAUCUUGCGGCGUCAUGAAGCUCUACAGCCUCAGCGUCCUCUACAAAGGAGCGACCAAAGCCAACCUGCUCAAAGCGGCCUAUGACCUGUCCUCCUUCAGCUUCUUUCAGCGCUCCAGUGUUCAGGAGUUCAUGACCUUCACCAGUGCCUUGAUUGCAGAGCGAACAUCUGUUGGAACCCGUGCCUCAGUCAAAGAGCAAGAGUAUCUUUGCCAUGUGUAUGUCAGAAACGACAACCUGAGUGCUGUGGUGAUCUCAGACUCUGAGUAUCCACAGAGGGUCUGCUUCACUCUGCUUGACAAGGUAUUAGAAGAGUUUUCCAGGCAAGUGGACAGUAUAGACUGGCCGUCUGGUAAUCCUGACACCGUAAGCUACAAAGGUCUGGACAUUCACCUUUCGAAAUAUCAGAACCCCAGGGAAGCAGACGCCAUGACCAAAGUACAAGCGGAGCUGGAUGAGACAAAGAUCAUUUUGCACAACACCAUGGAGAGUCUGCUGGAAAGAGGAGAGAAACUGGAUGAUCUCGUGUCAAAGUCGGAGCACCUGGGAAACCAGUCUAAAGCCUUCUACAAGACUGCACGGAAACAGAACUCCUGCUGUGAAAUCAUGUGACGCUGCCGCCUCGUCCUUGUGGAAACGUCUUUCUGGCUUUCUGCUUUUCCUACAACCCCCAUCAUGCACCAGCGACGCGCUCUCCAACAGGACGCUAUGUCAAUCCCAGAUGGGGAGCAGGAAAAACGGUGGCCACUUUUAAACGGGACCUCUAUGUGAUGGGGGCUGAAGGACUGAAGGCGUUUAGUGGGAGGAAGUAACAGUUGUGAAUCAUGCUUCAAACCUUAUCUAAGGUGAAACAUCCGUGUGGCGAUUCUGACCAGCUGAGAAUAUUUUAGCGUGACGUUGAGAACUGCCGGUGUGUUGUUAGAACGUCUUCAAACCAUUUAAUGUUAUUCAGGUUGAAUCUAAACUCAAUAUCUUGAUCUCUUAAACUUAUUGACAGAGUAUUAACCACAUGUGUGCUUUUGCUUCAAAGCAACUGACAAUCUCAUAUAUUCAACAUGUCAAAACUGGGUUUCUUGUUGCUAGGAACAUAUAUGUCCAACAGGGGGCACUAUCUUUACGUACUAUAAUCUCAAUUAGACUCGGAAAGACACAAUAUCACAACUUUGCAGUCUUUUAUGUGAAAUGUUAAGCAUCUUUGCAUUGCUACAUUUAGUUGCUUUAUAGCCUUUGUCUGUCUGAUGUUAAAUUAAGUCUUCAACAUUCCUGCCUUGACUGAUUGUGUUGUGUGAUGAGACUUAAAGCUGAAGAGGGGUAGAAGAUUUGGUGUCAAAUAUGUUAAAAAUUUCUAAGCAUGUUAAUCAUUCAUAUAUCCAAACACGUCACCUGAACAGAGGUUUGCCCGCUCAGAAAAAGCUGCACUUGUCUUCUGUUCCUCUUGAAACAUAGAUUGCCCCCACAGGAGCCCAAACCUGUCUGGGUGGGUUUUAGUCACUCCACUUCUGACUUUCACUUGCAUCGAGCACCGUUUGCUUCAUAUUGAGUAGAAAAAUUGUUUCUGAUGAAACUCUGCCUUCAGAUCUGUGUUUCAGAUGUUUCUCUGCUCGCAUUGUGUACAUUUGUGAUCCAACAUACAGCUGCAGUCUGUGUAGAUACUGAGUGCCUGUGCGUUUGUGUGCUGAGAAGCUUGUUGUGCCGUCUGUUGCUCUUUCUGCUUUUACAGUGUAAACUGUGGUGCAAUAUCUGCAGACUGUUGCUGUGUGUCUCUUUUGCAGUGCAGAAAAAAGCUCAAAAUGUUUCUCACAACGGACACGUCAUUAAACUUUGAUGAGCUUUACUUUCGACUAAUAUUGAUGAGAGGCUUGUCCAGUGAGUUUCUUGUUUUGUUUUUCCAGAUCUUUGACUUAGUCUCUUGAAAAAUGUUUUUCUGUUAUGCUGUACGCUCCGGUCCAGUGGCCGCUGUUGGAACAGUGGUUUUAAACGGUUUGCAUUAAAUGUUUUGAUCCAAAUGUGAGCCUCACUUUUAAAUUCAGUUGAUCAGCUGUCAUUUUCUGUCUUUAUUGGAACGAGUUUGUUGCAUCAUAAGGUUGUUCAAGUUCUUUACAUGCUCAGAUAAAAAUCUAAAUACC